AUGAGCGGAUCAAAAGAUGACAUUUUGACGCAAUACGACGCAGAUAACAUUAGUAAUGACUUACUUAAGCACCUGAAGUUCCUGAACGGCAAGUCAGUGUCCGCAGCAGCCGCCAGUAUAGACACGAUCUUCUCAAAAGAACAAAUCAUGAGAUACAGUCUUAUCAUUCUCGCUGGCAUUGCUGCAGUCCAAGCCGCUGUUGCAGCACCCCCAGUAGACGGCCAUCUUUCGGCUCGCGAUCGUACAGUUGCUCGUGCUGAGCUGAACAGCCCCGGUGGAAAGGAUUGGAAACGUGCUGAGGUGGACAGCCCCGGUGGAAAGGAUUGGAAACGUGCUGAGGUGGAAAGCCCCGGUGGAAAGGAUUGGAAACGUGCUGAGGUGGAAAGCCCCGGUGGAAAGGACUGGUAA